CUUAAAACUCACCUUGUUUGAGUCGCUACCGCAAACCGGUACAAACGGUUGAAUAAAAUGGCGGUCUACCACACCUACUCCACUUUCCUCACCCUAUGCCGUCGUCACCACCACCGUUACCACUCAUUCAUUUCAUCUCACUUUCAAACGCACCACAACAUCAACAAUUUCCUACAUCAUUUCACUCCUAAUAAACCGCUAAGCACUAGCACCGAGUCAGUUGAGCCACCGGAAUUGUCCGGUAAAAACGCCUACGAUCUCCUAGGGCUUCCGGAAUCCUGCUCGUUUUCAGAAAUCAAAGCUUCGUUUCGGAAAUUAGCCAAGGAAACUCAUCCAGAUCUAUCUCAAUCGCAUUCCAAUCGGUUUGUUCAGAUUCUCGCAGCUUAUCAGAUAUUGUCAGAUACUGAAAAGAGAGCACACUAUGACAAAUAUCUAUUUUCACAAAAAGUAGUUAUCCAUAAACAAUCAAGACAAGGUUCCCAAAUGUACACAUACGAAUCCUACGAAACAACAGAAAAGCCGAUGGAAGUUGUUGAAUGGUUAAAAUGGUAUAGAUACGCCAUAAACGAUAUCGUAUCAGAGAAGAGAAUAAUGGACGGAACAGGCUACUUCGACGUGCUACAAAACGAUUUUUACUCAGCCAUAAACGCAGCUUAUUACGGUCCUCUAAUUCAAUCAAUGGACUUUCUUCCCGACUGUUUCGAAGCUGACGUUAGAUCUGUUCCCGGAACUUCCGAGGUCCUGCAUUUGGUUUCUGGACGGGACCUAUUCGGUAAAGUCUGCAUUGCUAAAACGGUUCUUGAAUUAUCACAUGCCUGUUAUCGAGAUUCAGGCACUCAAAUUAGAACUUAUGAUAACCACAGUGAUGCAUACAAAGACCUGGAGUUGCAUGUAUCAGGAAAGAUUGUUGCUGUGGCGAAGAGGGUCCCGCCAAAGAGUUAUACUGCUGACGUGUCAAAUGAAGAUUGCGAAGAUCGUAUACAUGUUUAUCUGAAUCUACAUGAAGAGGGUCCCACCAAAGAUGAUUUUGAGGAAGAUACAAUAAGUAAGAUGUUUUUGGGAAGCAUAAUAGGAUUAGGGACUAGUGGGGAAGAAGGGUCUUGCUUUGUUUAUAAUAACUGUGACAUGAAGACGCAUGUGGUUAUGAUUCACCGGACACUACUGGUGAAACAUAUGCACUGGUAUCAACUCGGAGACGAGGUAUCUGUUUGUGAAUGUAGAUGCACCAGAGCGCGUUUACCACCAAGCAAGUAUUGGUUGUUUGAACCUCGUUGUGGUUUGCAUGACGUUGGCGGUUGGUAUGUUGAGACAUACGGGAAGGAUAAUAAAGGAAAAACCGUACCAUCGCAGAGGUAUUGGGAUGGCGUUGACUUUAGUCAACCUUCUGAAAGGAGGGUUCAUCCAGCCAUGUACUUGCUAGCUCUUGCGUACAGAACUUUAGAUAUAGAAGAAACCAAGAGGAAAAAACAAUCGAUUAGAGACGUAGUUGAAGGGAAAAUGUCGGAAGUAUACAAUUGGUGCAAAAAACUUAUGUAGGAAGAGCAUAUAUGUGAUGAAUGGCCUGGCAGAUGCAUACCCUACACCGUAAUUGUAUAUCAGAUGGCUAAAUCUUGUCCGUCGGAUCAAGUUUUCUGCAAAUUAUUGGUCAUCACAUUGGAGAACUUGAGUGUUCCUCAAAAAUAUGAAUCAAGUAUGUACAGUGGAGGUAAGGAAGAGCCAUUUAAAUAACCGUAUGUUAUGGCUUAAUUUAUGAAGGAAGUACCUCUAAAUCAUAGGUUUGAAUAUAAAGAAUCAUGUCAUCCCAAUAUCUUGUAAUGCAAGAAAGAUCUUGGGAGAUGGAAAGCGAUUCCUGUAAAAUUGGUUUUUCCAAAAGAUGUAUUUAGUCUCAUAUUCAUUCUUUUUUAGUACACACUACAUCUAAAAAAAUAAAUAUUCUGUUUAUGUUGUA